AUGUCCUGCUCACCCGACGCCCUUCUUCAGAUGGCGCAGCCAAAACUGGAAGGUUUCAGAUCCUCGCCGAGCGGCUACCAGCUCUUCAGAUCCUGGUACAAUUACCAGCGAACGCAACCCACGGCCAAUCCCUCGUUCAACAACGUCAAAGACAGCGUGGCCUGGAACACGCUGCUAUCGGACCAAAAGACACCAUGGUGCGACAAGGCGAAGGAUCUCGCGUGGCUUCGGGUGACGAAUAGAACAGAGCUAGCGAUGUUUCUCUUCGCAACGCCUCCAUGGAGUCCGGAGGGAUUCGCGCUGUCUGCUGUGAAUGUGGAGAAACUGGCUGAAGUAGUGGCAACCAUGAGGGCAAAACGCGAGGUCAGGAGAGCCAAACGGCCGAGGCGCUCCACCUCUUCGCAUCCUGCCCAAGCCUCGUCCCAACGCAACACGAGUUUCGGAUAUCACCCUCCAGAUGAGGAUACCCCAGCAGAGCAUACACUUCGACCGCAUACCGAGGAGCAGAAGGCUGUGUUCAACGCUAUGCAGACGCUUCUUCGCGGUUUCACAAUGACCAUCCCGGCCGACAGCUAUGUGGCUCGCGCGCUGGGAUACUCCCAGGAUCGCUCGCUACCUGCACCUCCCCAACAACUACCUAUGCAAGCUUCGUCUUCCCCGAGCGACUUGAGCGGCAGCUACGCUGCUCAGUCUUCAGCAAUGUCGUCAGACUACGAUUGUGCAACGGUCACCCCUAAUCCCACCGAACCAGAACGAAGUUCGACCCCCUACGGUCUCCCGGGGCCACUCGGGCCACUCCCCGCUUCUCCCAUCUCCACGCCGACCAUCCCCUUGCGAAAAAGACCGCGACACGAACCCGCUCCGACACAUUGCUCCUCCGACACGGCUCCUGACGAAGGGUAUGCUAGAAUGGCGAUUGACCGGUUCUCUCCGUCUGGUUCGUCGGUUACGUGUCUUCAAGAAAGCGGUGUCUCCGGUGAUCCCAUACCGCUAUUUGGCACCUCCACGCACACAAACGAAUCCCUCCCUCGAGGCGGACUGUCCCACACCCACCACGUUCCUCAGCGUGUCUCGGCUCCGGAUCCCUCCCUCCAAGACGCAGGUUUCGGUGGCUUCGACGCUCCGUCAGCUGAGGGGCUCACCGAGGGAGAUGUGGACGACGAAUCCCUUCCCAGAGUCCGCCUGCCAAAAAAAGUCACCAUGAUCAUCAGGUGUCGGAACAAUGGGCAUGUGCCAAUUCCUGGGGCAUAUGGGUAG